GGAAAAAAUUCUCCUUCUUGGUGUAGCAAUCGUUCGAUCAAAACGGUAGCGUACGAAACCCAACGAACAAAAGACGGUCCAUCCCAGAUGUUCCGUUCUCGCUUCCGUACCGACUAUUUCACGGUUCCGUUCCUCCCCUUCCAAUUCUAGGGUUUUGCGCUCUCUCCGUGUAUCACGAUCAAUGGAAGAAACGACCAAACCAUCACCGCUUGAGGAUUGUGAUACUCCCGACGAUUCAUCAAGCACCGUCCUCGAUCUCACCAGCUGUCAGCUCCACGAUCUCAGCUCAGUCGAGAUUCCUCCGACCCUGACCGAGCUCGAUUUGACCGCGAAUCGGCUAUCAACCUUAGAUCCUCGAAUUGGGCUUCUCUCAGACCUCAAGAAGCUCUCUUUUCGCCAAAACCUCAUCGAAGACGCUGGCGUCGACCCCAUUUCCCAGUGGCACGCGUUAUCGGGCAUUGAAGAGCUUGUGCUUAGAGAUAAUAAACUAAUGAAAAUACCCGAUGUCAGCAUAUUCAAGAAACUGUUGGUAUUUGAUGUUUCUUUCAAUGAGAUUUCUUCAGCAAAUGGGCUGUGUAAGGUGUCUAAUACACUCAAGGAACUCUAUGUGUCUAAAAAUGAAGUUACAAAGAUGGAGGAGAUUGACCACUUUCAUGAGCUGCAAAUUCUUGAACUUGGCUCCAACAGGUUACGGGUAAUGGAAAAUUUGCAAAACUUAACAAACUUACAAGAGCUAUGGUUGGGUCGAAAUCGUAUCCGAACAGUAAAUUUAUGUGGACUAAGAUGCAUCAAGAAAAUUAGCUUGCAAAGCAAUCGUCUUACUUUAAUGACAGGAUUUGAGGAUUGUGUUGCUCUGGAAGAACUGUACUUGAGCCAUAAUGGUAUUGCAAAAAUGGAAGGCCUGUCAACUUUGGUAAAUCUCCGUGUACUUGAUAUAUCAUCGAAUAAGCUCACAUCUGUGAGUAACAUUGAAAACCUGAACCGAUUGGAAGAUCUAUGGCUCAAUGAUAACCAAAUUGAAUCACUUGAAGGCAUUGUUGAGGCUGUCACUGGUUCAAGAGAGAUGCUCACAACUAUAUACCUCGAGAACAAUCCAUGUGCAAAGUCUCCGGGCUACUCUGCUACUCUCAAACAAGUCUUCCCAAAUAUUCAACAAAUUGAUUCCUAUAUAUUUGCCUAGAAAUUUCAUUUUCCUGCGUGGGAAACAGGAUUGUUGGAGAUGAAAGCCUAUGAAAGCAAAUGCUAGUAAUGAUCCUAGUUUGUAUACACUUCUACUCACAGUUCAACAUUUCAAGUCUACUGCAAUUUGAGGUUUAUUUCUAGGUCAUACAAGACUAGCUCAGGGGACUAAUUUAAAUCCAGAAAGUUGCUCAACAGUUGCUGCUAAUGCUUUUGAAGGACACUGCAGAUACAGCACCAGCGCAUUGAAAUUGCUCGGCUUGCUGUUCCAAUUCGGGGACUCCAUCUGUGCAUUUGGAUUUCUUUGUUGUAGCAGUUUUAUGUUAUCUUAUAUUUUUUGGGGGAGGUUAGGGUUCAAUAAUAUAAUGGAGGAUCUUCUUUCAA